GAAAAUCGACCAAGUGCAUUUACACAUACAACUCAAGUCCAGAAGAAAUGGAAAAAAACAGCGAGAUAGGAGUAUGGAUGACAUGUCCCAUGUCAACAUACCUCCAAGACCAACUCGCCCAAAGAUUCUCCGUCUACAAACCCUGGAAUAUUCCGUCACCGUCAAACCCAGAUUCCCUCCGGCCUCACUCUCCGUCCAUCCGAGCGUUAGUCGGUAACGGCAACUACGGAGCCAAUGCUGAGCUGAUCGAGUCGCUGCCAAGUCUCGAGAUCAUCGCGAGCCACAGCGUGGGCUUGGACCAGAUUGAUCUGGGAAAGUGUAAAGAGAGAGGGAUUAAAGUUAGUUACACUCCGGAUGAGUUGACUGAUGAAGUUGCUGAUUUGGCUGUGGGCCUUGCGUUGGCUACUUUGAGGAAGAUUUGUUGGUGUGAUGGGCUUGUUAAGAGUGGGUUUUGGAGCAGGGGUGGGCAGUUCGGGUUGGGGACUAAGUUCAGCGGCAAAUCAGUUGGCAUUAUAGGAUUGGGAAGAAUUGGAUUAGCAAUUGCUAAGCGAGUUGAAUCAUUUGGUUGUACAAUUAGUUACUGUUCCAGAUCACAGAAGAUGGAUUCGGGAUACAGAUACUACGCACAUGUUAUUGAUUUGGCCUCUAAUUGUCAGAUUCUUAUUGUUGCAUGCGCACUGACAAGUGAAACAUAUCAUAUCAUCAAUCGUCGAGUGAUUGAUGCCUUAGGUUCAGAAGGUGUUGUCAUUAACAUUGGGAGAGGAGCUCAUAUUGAUGAGCCUGAGCUCGUUUCAGCUCUUGUUGAACAUCGACUGGCUGGUGCUGGGCUCGAUGUGUUUGAGCACGAGCCUGAAGUUCCAGAGCAGCUGUUUGGGCUUGAUAAUGUAGUCCUCUCGCCUCAUAGGGGAUCUGCCACAGAAGAAACACGUAAAAGCAUGGCUGAUCUCAUCAUCGCAAACUUGGAGGCUCAUUUUUCGGGCAAACCACUGCCAACUCCAGUUCUCUUCUAGAGCUACACCAAGAAAUAACUUCUGGACCUCUCAUCGAGUUGCAUCUUAAACCUGAAGUUCUGGACCAGCUGUUAAUGUAAGGCUAUAUUUCAUUUAUAGUUGGAUAAAUAAGAGCAGGGGAAUUAAAUCGUUUACAGACCAAAUAUGUGAAGUUGUUCUUUGUACAACCACAUUGUAGUAUAAACUAUGGUGAUAACUUCGACACAUAAAAGCUUAUUCAUCUUAGUUACUCUCUCCGUCCCUCUUGUUUCUUUAUACCGGGGACAGGAGAGACUUUAUCUUAUA